AUGGUGCACGGCACUGAGACGAGUCCUGUGGACCACGUGUCCAUGUAUGCAGAGUUUGUCCAAACACACAGACCUUCGGGGGAGUACAUGUUUGAGUUUGAUGAGGAUGAGCAGUUCUAUGUGGACUUGGAUAAUAAGGAGAUGGAGUGGCACCUGCCGGAGUGCAUUCAUGCCUUUGACUUUGAUGCUUGGAGGGGUAUUGCUGACAUUGUCAUGGCAAGGAAGAACCUGAACACCCUGAUCCAACGCUCCAAACACACCCGGGCCACAAAUGAGGCCCCCGAAGUGACUGUGUUUCCCAAGGAGCCUGUGGAGCUGGGCCAGCCCAACACACUCAUCUGCCACAUCGACAAGUUCUUCCCACCCAUGCUCAACGUCACGUGGCUGUGCAAUGGGCAGCCGGUCACUGAGGGGGUUGCCAAGAGCAUCUUCUUGCCCAGCCCAGAGUUCCGGUUCCACAAGUUCCACUUCCUGACCUUCCUGCCCACGGCUGACGAUGUGUAUGACUGCAAGGUGGAGCACUGGGGCCUGGAGCGGCCGCUGCUCACACACUGGGAACCCCAGGAGCCUGCCUGUGUGCCUGAGACCACGGAGACUGUGCUCUGUGCUCUGGGCUUGGUGGUGGGUCUGGUGGGGGUCGCCAUUGGCACCGUCAUCCUGAGGACCAAGUGA